UGCUUCAUUCAUACUCUUGACAAAUCAAACUGAAACCUUCUCUCUCUCUCUUUCUUCUUUCACUCUCUCUGGUCGUAUCUGGUUUAAGAGAACACGGGCAAUGGACGGAGGAAGCUCUAUGGACGAAAGCAUUACUACUGAUUCAGUUUCUGUUUCCCUUUCUCCGGCGAAGAUCCCGUCGAAGAAGUUAUCGCCGCCGCCACACAACAGCCUUUGCCGCGUCGGCAGCGGUGCUAGCACCAUCAUCGACUCUGACAUCGUCGGAGUCGAAGCUGAAUCCCGGAAACUCCCGUCGUCGAGAUUCAAAGGGGUCGUUCCCCAGCCCAAUGGCCGUUGGGGUGCUCAGAUUUACGAGAAACACCAGCGAGUUUGGUUGGGCACUUUCAAUGAAGAAGAUGAGGCUGCCAGAGCCUACGACAUCGCCGCUCAGCGAUUCCGUGGGCGAGACGCCGUCACCAAUUUCAAACCUCUCGCCGACGGCGGCUCCGGCGCCGAUGAACACGACGACUUUGAAGCCGCGUUCCUCAACGCGCACUCGAAAGGAGAGAUCGUCGACAUGCUCAGGAAGCACACUUACAAUGACGAGCUGGAACAGUUCAAGCGCAACUACGGAUUGACGGUGGACGCAAACGGGAAACGGAUCAUCAGGGAAGGACCCAAGGCUUCGGGUCGGGUCAACAACGCGCGUGAUCAGCUCUUCGAGAAAGCCGUGACACCGAGCGACGUUGGAAAGCUGAAUCGGCUGGUGAUCCCUAAGCAGCACGCGGAGAAGCACUUCCCCUUGCCGUUGCCGGUGGGAACCUCCGCGCCGUACACGGCGGCGACGGUGGCCGCGAAGGGCGUGCUAUUGAACUUCGAAGACGGAGGCGGAAAGGUGUGGAGGUUCAGGUACUCGUACUGGAACAGUAGCCAGAGCUACGUUCUGACCAAAGGGUGGAGCCGGUUCGUGAAGGAGAAGAACCUCAAAGCCGGAGACAUGGUUUCCUUCUCCCGGUCGAUCGGACCGGAGAAGCAACUAUACAUCGACUGGAAGAAAAACAGAAUGAGCACCACCACCACCACCACCAGAACAACUUCAGGGGCGGAAUUGUUAGAACCGGCCGGUCCAGUGGUGGUGGAGCCGAUUCAGAUGGUAAGACUAUUUGGGGUCAACAUUUUGAAGAUGCCCGGUUCAGAUGCCAUUGCUCCUCCAAGUGGGUGUUACAAUGGGAAGAGAAAAGAGAUGGAUCUGUUCUCAUUGGAAUGUACCAAAAAGCCAAAGAUCAUUGGAGCUUUGUAACAUUAGCUUCUUUUUUCUCCCCUUUUGCCUAUAUAUAAUUAUUCUGUUUUUCUUGAAUUUUGGAAAUUGUCUGACUUGUGAAGUAAGAAAGAGAUGAAUAGUGGUGAUGAUGUUAUGGUUGUAGAUGCAAAUUGCAAAGGGGAAUUUUGUAUAUUAUUAUUUAGACGGAAGGAAGAGGCCAACGAAAAAGGUGAAACUAGGCGCAACAAUAUUGUAAAAUAAUUAUUAUUAUGAAUAUAAUAAUUCGAAAAAGAAAAA